GUUGGAGGUGUGAGCCCUGAGUUGCAGAGCCUGGGGGUUAGUUGGUAGCUGGCUCUUUUCCCUUCUCUGAGUAGUUGCUGAAAAGAAUUCAAACCCAGGACAAGCCUGGCCAAUGGAGGACGAAGAGGGUUACACGGUAUUAAACCUUCGUCCAAAGAUGACAAUAUCCGACCGGUCGUGUCAACCUGGGACCCAAGCUCACCCUCAGCAUCCCCACCGGCAUCGGCUCGCUGCAGGCCUUGGAGCAGCUGGGAUCCUCGUCCUGCUGGGAGCUGUGAUAGCGAUGGGGGUUUGGGUUUUUCAGAUCAAAGGAUAUCUGAAUUCACGGGAGAACAGUACCAGGGAGAGAGUCAUCCAUCAAUCCAACUGCAGCACUGGCCUAAAAGAUUUCCGUUUCCACUUGAAACAAUUUGCGUGUGAAUCAUCUCAGGACAACUCAGCAGAGGGAUCAGGGUGUAAGCUCUGCCCCCCAAACUGGCUGCUGCACAAGGACAAGUGCUACUGGGUGUCAAAAGAAAAACAUCCCUGGAACAAGAGCCGCGAUGACUGUUCAAGGAGGAGCUCUCGGCUGCUGGUGAUCCGGGACCAGGAUGAGAUGACAUUCAUAAAAAAUACUUCCAAAGGCGCAAACCAGAUCUGGCUUGGACUCACUGUUACAUCCCCCUCGAGGAACUGGACUUGGGUGGACGGCUCCCUGUUCAAUCAAACACAGUUCAAGGUAGUAGGUCCUCCUAAAGGGAACAGCUGCGGGGUGAUAAAAGAAGAUGGGAUUCAUUUUGAAACCUGCAGUGCUGCAGCUAAAUGGAUUUGUGAAAAAGACACUCUUCAGCUAUAGACAGUGACAUUUAUUAUCUGUGUUUUUUAUGUGUGAACGAGAAAUCUUCUUAAGUUUCAGUAUGUCCCAUAAAUGAUGAAUAUUGAAGGUGAGCUUCAAAGGGAAAAAUUGGGCUUGUGCCCUUCCCCCUCCCCCCUGCUUUUAUAAGGUGGAUAAAGUCGGCACGAAAAGCUUUUCUUGCAUUUGAAAUUCAGGUCCUGUCUGGGCUGGAAGAUUAUGGUGAAGGGAGAACUAGUGAAAUGACAUCACAAGUAGAGCUGGGGGAAUAUUUUCCACUGAAUAGUUUAUUUGCCAAAAAAAAUGCAAUUUUGAGUCGAAGAAGACUAUUCACAAACUGAUGUUGAAUUCACUGAAUAGUUUCAGCCAAAAUAAAAUAAUAAUAAUAAUAAUAAUUAAUAAAAUUCAGGCUAAGGGUCACAAGGGGACUGGAGAAAACAACAAGGAGUCCGGUGGCACCUUAAUGACUAACAGAUUUAUUUGGGCAUAAGCUUUCAUGGGUAAAAACCCACUUCUUCAGAUGCAAGGGGACUGGAGGAGGAGAUAGCAGCUAACCCCACCCAAAAGCCAAGUGGUUAGCGCACCAGGUUUGAAUCCUGGCUCUGGAACAGUGCAAAUAGAUUAACCCUGUAUAGUGAGAUGGGGCUGUGCUAUUUUGAGAGUUUUCUGUCAGCAACAGAAUCCAUUCCCAGGAAAGAGCUGAACAUACCAAAUAAACAGAUAUGAGGAAGACAAAUAUAUUGCAGAGCAGGGUUACACAGUUCAGAUACAUUCAAGAAUCUAAAAUGUGGCAGAGAAGGCACAUCACUCAAGUAGCAACAAGCUACCCUCUGAAAUUUGGAAUAAUUAGUAUUUGUUUAAUUAGCAGCCUGGACAUUCUAGCACUGCACAUUUUUGCACUGCAGUUUCUAAUAAAAGACACUUAAGAAAGUCAGUGCCUUACAGAAAUCUAUCCCUGAAGUGCAGUCUGCGGAUGCGAAAAUCGGCACUCAGUGACCAGGCGCAGCACAAAAGUUAAAAUAAAAUAAAGGGGUGGCAAACUGUCUCUAGGGCUACAUUUUCCCAAGGAGGCUCCCAGGCUCAGGUUCAGAGGCUGGGUUUGCAUGAAGACACCCACACUCUGUCUCUCACAGGGCAGCACAGCUGCAUUGCUGGCUGUAGCUAGUGGAGGUGGACAGAACUUGGAAGCACCAACACCACGUGAAACCCAACACCCAGGGGCCCAAGGCCAAAGCCAACCUAUGGCACCCAAGGGACUGCAGGGAUGGACACCCGUAGACGGGUGAAGAAAAGAACGUGUCAGAGUGUGGAUACAGCAAAGAGCCAUGAGAACCAUGUCCCAGUCUGAAAGGUGCAAACCCCAGAAGGGCAAGAAAUCAUUAAAGGCACCAGGGAGCAACUGGAGCUAAUGGGAUGAAUUGAGCAAAGGGGAUUUAUCGGCUGAGAAAGGGCCAUGUGCUAGCUUGUAACAGCUGGAACAUGCUGGGUAUUGGGUUCACAGUGGAAGCAAAGCGCAGGUGCUGGCUUUUAGACAGAUUGGCUUGCUGGGGCUAUCAUGGUGUAUGGAAGGCAACAGUUCAGCCUUAAACCCCCGAUCACAAGGGAGUGGGACAGGGAUCCCUGCCUAGAGACAGGGGGCGGCUGGAGACUCGAGUCCUCACCUGAUGGAGGUGGGAAAGAGAUGCAGCUAUUCUGAAACUGUGACAGUCUCCCCUAGAGAAGGGUCACACACCCCAGCAUAGGGUAAUUGACAACUAGGACCAGACUGGAGGCAGACUAAGAAACAAGGAACCAUGCUGCAGCAUCUAGGGGCCAUGGAAGGGACCAGAAUCAGGCUUUGCCACAUCUGGUCUCCAAUUCCCUUAAUCUUACAAAUCCCCUCCCACUACACACUCCUCUUCCUAUAUAGGGCUAUCAGGUUCUGACAUUCCCCUCUGGUGUUAUCUGGACCUGUGAUCUCCUAGGUCACUCCAAUCCUUGAUCUGGGAGCCAGCCUUACCCUGCUCUGCUGUGAGAACCCCAACUCCUGGGCUGUUCACGCAUAGCCUCUGGCAUGUAAGCUGCUCCUUGGAUUGUGCAACCAAAUGACACUAGCCAAUAUCUCCGGUCCGAGACACAAUCCUAGGAAGCUCCGUCUUGCAACGUCCAGUUAUGCCCACUGGACGCUGCAAGCUUAUAGGAGUUCGUCAAUUUAACAAAGAAAUUGAUAUGUACCAGGUUUGUUAUCCCAAGGGGCGUCUCUGACACGCUUCAAACCAAACACACUGCUUCAGGUAGAAUAAACAAAUUUAUUAACUACAAAGAUAGAUUUUAAGUGAUUAUAGGUCAAAGCCCAAGAAGUCGGAUUUGGCCAAAUGAAAUAAAAGCAAAACGCAUUCUAAGCUGAUCUUAACGCUUUCAGUGCCCUUACAAACUUAGAUACUUCUCACCACAGACUGGCUGGUUGCCCUUCAGCCAGGCUCUCCCCUUUGA